UUGUAGGGUGAAGGAAUGAGAGCAAAACCUCAGGGCCUCCUCCCCAGAAACCCUGUCCCGCUCUGGUCCCCACCCACCACCACCAUUGACCCAGUGCUAGAGAAGGAUGCCACUAGAGGUGACUUCCCAGCCAACUCAAAAAGUCACAUGGGGACGUGGCCAGGGUGGGCGUGGUCAUUGUGGCCGGGGUCCUGCAGGGCGGGGCCGAAGCUGCAGACGCGACUGCGCAGGUCUAUAAAGACGCCACGUGUGAUGAAGAGACCUUCUCCGCACAGUCCCUGGACAGAAUACGAGAUGAGGAGUCCUCUGGACGUCAGCUCCGGCCACACCCCUGCCUGGAGGAAGCUGCUCUUAACAGGAAGAAGGGAAGUGAGGCGCAAAGAGGGGACCAGAUCACCUACCCAAGAUCUCAGGACUGGCAAGAGGCAGGAUCAGAAUUCGGGACCCCAGCCCAGCCCCCUUCCACCAGGCAUCCUGCUCACAUCCUGCACCUGCUCUGCCUUCUCGGAGCUGCCCUUCUCGACACAGCUGAACACCUGGACCGAAGGAGCCAGUGUCCACCUUCCUGUCCCCGGAAGCCUUGAUGGCAUUCUCACCACGUCUUGGUUCCGAGGGCAUGAUGCCCAGCCAGCAGCCAUGAUAUUCUCCCCGGAGGGCCUCCCAGGACCUGCUCACACUGGCCGGGAGAUGCUGGGCACCCAAGGCAGUCUGGUCAUUCGAAACGUGACGGCUCUGGACUCGGGCAGCUACACCGUCGUGCUGGAAACCAGCAGGGGGCACAGGAGUGUGACGGAGCAGAUCCAUGUCAAGAACAGCUUCCCACUACCGCAGCUGAAGACAUUCCCAGGCGCUUUCCAGGGCGUCAUCCAGACUGAGCUCAACUAUUCCGUGAUCCUGCAGUGGAUGGUGAUAAUGAACCCUGAGCCCGUGGUGAGCUGGACCCUCAAUGGGGUGCCCUGCGGGAUAGGAGAGAGGCUGUUCAUCCGGCGGUUGUCCAUGGAGCAGUUGGGCACCUAUAUGUGCACAGCUACAAACAGCAAGGAACAGCUGGUCUCUGCGCCUGUGACCAUCUCACUGCCAAACGGAGAAUAUCCAGCUGCAACGUGGGCAACUCUCCCGUCAGCUGAAGAGCAGAGUGACCCAAGCUUGUUCACAUGGCAGAGACAGGAUUCCAAGAGGAAGAGCAGAAACCACAAGGCACCUCAAGUCUCAAUCUCAAAAUUGGCAUGCCAUCACUUCUGCCACAGAAGGGACUUCAUUGGCGAAAGUCACGUGCCUGGCCAAAUUCAAGGGGUGGGGAAGUUGAUUCCGCCUCUUACUAGGAAGGGAAAAACCUGUGACCUGUUUUGCAAUCUACCAACAAAUGUGGAAGUACACCGCUCUCUCUCCCAGCCUCCCACCACACACACUUCACCCCCACCCCAAGCUCUUACAAGUCUUUUCCCCCUACACGCGGAAUUCAUAGUUGUCUGUGUCUCUCUCUGCAGCUGGGCACUUUGUACUUCUCUAUCCACAUGGAAAAAGCCUCCAUCCCACAGCUUCUGAGUCCACAACAUCUCUGUUCAAGGGAACAACCCAGCUUAACCAGACUCCCUUUGCCCUGUUUCUGAAACACCUGAAGAAAGCAUCUGAUGGGUUGACCCGGAGCCAUCCAUGGUCCCAUCGCUGUGACACAUUGUGCAAGCAAAGCACCAGGGUCUCAUCCCUGUCUGUGGAAGCUCAGUGCUUAGAAAACAGGUGGCAGGUUUUACCUGGGAAAUUGCCCAGACCCCAAAAUAUGUCUAUUACA